AUGACGGAAGCAGAAGCCGUGGUUGUCGGAGUUCGUGUUCGGCCCUUCGCCGAACGUGAAAUACAAAACCAUGCCACGCUGUGUGUAAGCAUGAGCCAGAAGUCGACUUGCAUUUACGACAGUUCUGGGAAAGAGCAGAUGUUUACCUUCGACGAAUCCUUCUGGAGUCAUGAUGGCUACGAUGACGACGGCACCGGGUACCUGAGGCCGAAGCGGGGAAGUCAGUAUGCAGAUCAGAAGUAUGUCUUCGACACUUUUGGUAAAAGAGUGCUUGAUAAUGCCUGGAACGGCUAUCACUGCUGCCUCUUUGCAUAUGGGCAAACAGGUUCUGGAAAGAGCUACUCAAUGGUUGGAUACGGCAACAACAAGGGAAUUGUGCCGAUCUCCUGCGAGGAGAUUUUCCGCCGUAUCGCAAAGGACGAUGGCAACGGCAAUUCCUAUGAGGUUAUGGUGUCUGCCAUUGAGAUUUACAAUGAGGCAGUGCAGGACCAAAGCCCUCGUCUUGCACGGCUUUAG